AUGAUCAUCGAGGAGCUGCCGAGUGGCCCGCAGGCGGCGGCUGAACUCGCGGCGAAAGGCGACGCGCAGUUUGUGGACGAGGACUAUGACGCGGCCGUGGAUCUCUACACGCAGGCGAUCAGCGCGAAUGGCGCGACCGAGACUCUUCUCUGCAAACGCGCAGCCGCGCACAUUAAGCUCGAGAAUUUCACAGAUGCGGUGGCAGAUGCAAACGCGGCGAUCAAGCUGAACCCGUCUUAUGCGCUGGCCUACCUGCGUAAAGGAGUCGCCUGUCAUCACCUAGAAGAGUAUGAGACAGCACUGGCAGCGUUCAAGGCAGGAGCCAAGCUAGAGCCGAGUAAUGCCAAGUUCCGCAACGGCAUUCGCAAGGCAGAGGCGGAGCUGCAGAGCCAAGAAGAGGACAUGACAGUUGACGCUCCUGCCCCCUCUGCUCCAUCCACGUCAGAAGCUCCUGCCAGCGCCCCCACUGCCUCUGCUGCCCCCACUUCCUCUGCUCCUGUCACUACACCUGCGCCAGCACCAGCACCAGCACCUCCGAAAUACAGGCACGAGUUUUAUCAGUCGGCGACAACAGUGGUGGUGACAGUGUUCGCCAAGGGCGUUUCAUCGGAGCAGCUGAAAGUGCAGAUUGGAGAGCAAGUGCUGAGUGUGGUGAUCGAAUCGACCAAUGACGAGCCGCCAUAUGUCCUGCAGCUGCGGUUGUUUGGCAAGGUGGACCCGGCAAAGAGCAAGCACGUGCUGAUGAGCACCAAGAUCGAGGUGCGGCUGGCCAAGGCGGAGGCCAUUCACUGGACGGCUCUUGAGGCAACCAGACGACCCGCGGUGGUGCAGCCUGUGAACGUGUCCGAUGAAACCGCGGAGAAGCUGAAGCACAUGUACCCAUCGUCCCGCAAGCAGCAUGUGAACUGGGACCAGCUUGAGGCAGAGGUGAAGGCAGAGGAGAAGGAUGAGAAGUUGGAGGGAGAUGCAGCGCUGAACAAGCUCUUUCAGGACAUCUACGCAGGGGCAGACGAGGAGACACGCCGUGCCAUGAACAAGUCUUUCGUGGAGUCCAAGGCCGGUCCGAGUGGAAUCAUGGGGUUCGCUCUUCGGGCGGUCGCGAUACUCUUUAUCGUGGGAUCCAUUUCCGCAACCGUCGUAUCCGCAGCUGAGCCGUACCUAGUGACCAAAGCCAAGCAGCUUCGCGGAAUCGCGGACGCCGCACAAGCAGAUCUCGACGCCGCUAAUGAUCUUCUCCAGCAGCGGCUCGCGGAGGAAGCGCCUUUGGCACAAAAGGCGGCGGCUGCGGACGCGGAAGUCACCGCCGCAACGACGGAGCUCAACAGCAAGCGCGCUGAGCUCGAGGCGGCAAAAGUGGAGCAGGAAACGGCGCGUCAGGCGCUGAUUCAGGCGAAGCAGGUUUCGCGCGACGAGCGUUCGUACUUAGACGAUCUCGAGUCGCAGGCCGAAGAGGCCAUUUUCGAGGAGAGCGAAGCCGCAAAGGACGUUCUCGACGCCAUCGCCCGCCAAAACACCACCGCCGUCGUGCUCAAUGAGCAGCAGAAAAUAGCGACGGAAGCUUACAACGACGCUGUCGCCGCGGCUCGGUCAGCUGCGCGGCUCCAAACCCCGGAGGCGAAGGCGCUUCAGACGGAACUGUAUAAUGUCAAGCUCCAGGCGGAUCGGAUCCUUGGCGCAGUGAAGAAGCAAGCCGACCGCGCCGUCCAGCGUGUGUCAGAGCGGGAGACGGAAAGCGAGAAGGUUAAGAAGGAUAAGAGCGAAACUCGCGGCGCCGCCGACGUACAGAAGGCGGUGAAAGAAAAGGCGGAGAAGGACGAGGCCGAUUCGAACGUGUUUUUCACAAAGGCGGUCGGAAAGACGAAGAACUUGGAUACCGCGGUGAAAACGGCGGGGCAGAAUUACAAUGCGAAGGUGAAGGCGCAGCGGGACGCCAAGUUGGCGCUGGCGCCUAAGGUCAAUGCGCGCGCGGCGCAGGAGCGCGUCGUGGCGAUGAGGAAGUCGCGCGCGGACGCGUCCAAGGGGAACGCGGAUAACGCGGACAAGGAAGCUAGGGGGAGAGGUCUCAGAUUUUAA